UUAUACCCAGGAUGCUUCACUCAGGAUGUGAGAAGCUCAUAACAGUCAAGAUGGAGAGGAUGCGGGCGCUGCUCGGGGGAUACAGUCUGCUGUUCCUGCUGGUGCUCCUGACAGAUGCGGCACCGAGGCAGCUGGACAAGGAGAAUAUAUCGAUCAAUGUGACAACAGUGGGUGACACACAGGAGACAAAGGACUUGCAGAUUAACUUUAACAUCUCAGUCGUUGGAGAUCAGUUCUACGUGAAUGACGUUCCUGUCAGACUGUCAGGGGUCACAAGACUGAGCUGCCAGGCGUUGCUUUUGGAAAAUGGCAAUCGGAGCAGCUCUGGUGUCUACGUGAUGGCUGUGGUACGCGUGUUAGUGCGCCAGUGGCCUCUGGAGAGCGAUCCCGUGGUGGAGCUCCUUGUCUUCAAUGAAGAAGUGAUUGAGGUGGAAGGGAGACAGGUACAACAGCCAAACAUGUAUGAGGUGAAUAUAUUGAUGAACAAAAACUUUCAGAGACUGAAGCAAUCGUCCUAUUCCUUCCCUAUGAUGGAAAGCAUGCUGUUCAGCAUCCCGAGAGACAACGACAUCGUCGUCACAGAUCCCAGCGUCCCAGAAGAAGUUUCGGCGGUCGACCGUGACCCUCUCCAGACCACCAGCCACUAUCCUUUAAAACAGGCCGAGACCACAGUGGAGGAGACGGCCGCCCCGGGCAAGCUGCCCGAAACCCCUCUCCGCAUGGACGCCGGCUCCGUCUACGAUGAGGAAACUACAGCCGAGGAAGAGGGGCUCCCUGACAAGCUACUCCCCGAGACCCCCCUGCGAUCGGAAUCGCUGUCUUCUUACAACGCCAUGUGCCAGUGGGUGGAGAAGCUGAGAGACAGACUUCGCCAUUUCUGGAGCGAAUCCCUCCCGCUGUUCUUCCUGGUGAUGUGGGUUGUGGUGGUGGGAGUGGUGGGGUCGGCUGUGAUCGUCAAGAUCCUCGAUUUCCUCUUCCCGUCCUGUGAGCACAAGGGGAUUUUCAGACUUGAUCCCGUCACACUGAUGCCAGAAGAGGAAAAACAUUCCCUUUUGGAACACAUGGAGGAGACGAAAACACCAGAAGAGCUGAAGAAUCCAUGAGCCGCACUUGCUCGUUGCUGUACUACAUUUCAGACUCGGUCAACGGAGCUGGAUGGUUUGCUUCAGCAGUGAAACAGACAAUCCUUCACUCUACACAGCCCUUUCAUAAAUGAUUGAGUGAUGUGUUUUCUUUCUCCCUGAAUUUUAUUUUCAAAAUCUAGUCAUUCAGAAUUUUUAUGUGACAGUGAUCACCCGAGUCCAAACUAGAAAUUUUUAAUAUUAAUUUAACACUUUGAAUGUACCUCCAUGCCACGCUACAUCUGGUGAGAAAAGACCUUGAAACAAAACAUCUUUAGCGAGACUGUACAUUUCUACUGCUUGGUGGUCCAUCAGUGUGUGUAUAGUCUCCUGCAUUGCACUCAGUCUUGAACAGAUUAAUUAGAAAUGCUGUCCUUUGCACAGAAACUCAUUAUGAUGGACCCUGCACACUUUUGUGUAAUCAUUUUAGUUAACCACAGAAGGCUGUAAAAGCUUUUGAGUAUUUAACAAGAUCAGAGAAUAGUUAAAACUGUUCAAACUAAGCAAGCAAAACAAAAUGUUAAAGUAUGUGUUCACAAAAGCAACGUGGAUAACGCAAUAAGAUGUCUCGAGUUAGUUCACUCACAAUAUAACCACAACUGAUUUUUAGCUUGAUUUCCUAAAUGUUUGGGCUCACGGGUCCUUUAUUGCUGACUUUUUCUGCACAGUGUAUUUUGAAACUCCUGGAUAAAAAGUAAUCAUAAAGGUCUGGUACCAUAUAUAUGUCUGUUGAUGUCUAAUACACAAAAACGACAGUGCUACAGUGUUAAGCAUUAAAUAGCGGUAUAUGGAAAAAAAGCAACAGUAGCACAUGGAAGAAAGCAGUUUUGGGACAAUUUCCCCAUACGUGCAUUUGUAUUUCCGCUGCUACAGCGAGACCGUUCAAGUGAAUGAAAAUGUUUUUUUUUGUACAAUUGUCUUUCCAAAGGGUAUGUAGUUAUGAAUGCAUUUUAAAGCUGCUAACAUCACAAUCAAGAACUGAUCCUCGAGUUGAAGGUGCUUUGUGGCAUGAGAGCAGCAUGUUGUAAUGCUGAGAAACACCACGAUGGGAACCACAUUCUGUUAGCGUUUGCUUCCCUGAACAUAAAUUAUCGUCCACCAUCAUACAGUAUGGGCAGCUUGUGCCAGUAUUGCUGUAGUUAACAUAUGAUGCACUUACUGCUGCUUAUUGUGCCUUCUUGUUUUUCCAUUACUUUCUUUUGUAUGUACGAUGCUAAAAGCAUGGAAGCAUGGUGUAGGUUUACUCCCGAUUUUCCAUCAAACCUUCCCCCUUCCUUCAUGACGUCAUGUUGAACGCGUACUCAAUGAAAUAAACUUCUUACUGAAACCGUC